GUGUGUUAAUAUUCUCGAGCUGUCGGUCUCCGGUCUUCUCCGUCUCAGAGCGUCGUUCUGCUGACUCAGUGCCUUACAGAGCAGCCCAGUCUCUCCACACCGUCCGGAACUACAGCUCCUCUCCGCUAAAACACCAAGUACCACCGCAGCCAUGGCCAAAACCGCAGUCGCUUACAAAGAGAAGAUGAAGGAGCUGCCCCUUGUCUCCUUCAUCUGCUCCUGCUUGUACCCAGAGGCCCGGAACAAGAUGAUGGGCGAGUUUGAAGACAUGAAGGUCACGCCCAUUAAUAAGCGAGCCUCUGGACAAGCCUUCGAAGUGAUCCUGAAAACACCAUCCCCCACUACUGAGCUGGGUUACAGCAUCACCGCUCCUCCCAAGAAGAGGGACGUUUCUCUGGAAGACAUUCAAAAGAAGCUGGAGGCAGCUGAGGACCGAAGGAAAUCUCAGGAGAUUCAGGUGCUUAAGGCUCUGGCUGAGAAGCGUGAGCACGAGCGCGAUGUGCUUCUCAAGGCCAUGGAGGAAAACAGCAACUUCAGCAAGAUGGCAGAGGAGAAACUCACCAUGAAGAUGGAGCACAACAUCAAGAACCGCGAGGCUCUGCUCAUAGCUAUGCUCGAGCGUCUUCAGGAGAGGGAGAGACAUGCCCAGGUGGUGCGCAGGAACAAGGAACUGCGGGAUGAGCUGAGCGCAGAUGAAGAUCUCCAGUUCUAAAAUGCUCCCCCACCCAUCUCCCCCCUAUCACCCACCUGACCAAGUCAGAGACCCUCUCUCCCUAUUACCUAGUCCUCCGUAGAGAAAGAGUCUCAUACACUCACACACCACAUACACUCCACACUUCCUACCCCGAAGGAGAAGGACAAACCCCAGUCUGCACCAACAGCACAUACCCUAUCCCCAGUUUCCCCCGCAAAAAGUAAGUGAAAUAAUAAUAAUAAAAAUAAAAUAAAAAACAGAAACAACAUGCAUCUUACUGCUCCCUAAACAAGAAUGUUUUUUGCUCGAAUUCAAAAAAUCAAAGUGGGUAUAAAUUUUUCUCUCUUUUUUUUUUUUUUUGUAAAUACUUCCUUUUUUUGUUUUAUAUAUAUGAGGCGACAAAAGUAUUGCAUUGUGCCAUUUUAUAGUUUUCUCUCUAUUUAUCAAUGGAUGUAUUCAUUUCUCCUCACUCUAUCUCUCCAAUCUGCUGCAGUUUCUCUUGUAACAGGCUUUGGUGUUUGUGAAUUUGCUGGCUAGCUGAUAUUUAGCGGUUUUACCUCUUCGACCCCAAAAACGGCCAUGAUUUUCUGUGUGUGUAUGUGAGUGUGAAGAACGUACGUAGUCGCAUCACUUCACGCACAUUGUCGGAUCACCACAGACGCAAUGUAUUUAUGGACGCACGUAUACUCACGCAAGGACACACACAUACAUACAUGAAUAAAUGCACGUGCAAUUUAGCAAAAGAUGACGUCCUGCACAGGGGGGAGCUUGCUAAAUACUCCAUUCACAGUACUCGAUUAUGUGAUGUGACAUACGUGCCAUUCCGGUGCCACGUUUAUCCAGUCGAUCUCACUAUUUUCCUUUCUCUAGUGGUUCUCUCAUUCUAAUCAAAACAUGCCAUAGAGAAACUCUGUAGUCAUAGCCAUAGAUACCUACCAGGAUCUCAGAAGAAGGUUACCUUACAUCAUCAUCCUUAGCCAAGUGUGUGUGUGUGUGUAUGCGCCUGCGUGUAAGUGUGUGUUUGUAUCUACAGAGACAUGGGUGGAUCACAGGGGGUGUAUCAGUGCUCUUGUGUUAAAAGCAGGGGAUUUGAGCCAUUCAAGACAUCCCCAGGUCACAGAGCUUCGUUCUGCAUCCUUUCUCCUGUUCAUGUGCUUUUGUCCCUUAACACAUGUAUCGAUGUGAGCAAGCUGUGGUGAAUAAAGGUUUGGGGUUCUGUGAAAGAAA